AGAAGCCCCGGCUUCUCCGCUCAGCGUCAGUGCCAUGACAACAGGACGAUGGCUGCGGACAGAGGCUGAGAAAUGUGAUUUCUACGCGAAGAAGGAUUAAAAAAAAAACCUCGCGUCUUUGUGGGAGCGGCUCGUUAACAACGUGAAGAGGCAGCAUGUCUCUGUUCAAGGCCCGUGACUGGUGGUCUGCAGCGCUCGGGGAGGGGGAGGAGUUCGACCAGGGAUGUCUCUGUGUCGGAGACGUGGACAACAGCGGCAGCGGACAUGAUAAGAUCGUGGUGGGCAGCUACAUGGGGAUGCUGCGAAUAUUCUCCCCACAUGCCAACAAGUCCAGCGAGGGAGCUCCGACGGAAGCCCAGCUCCUGGAAGUCAAGCUUCAAAACGCCAUCAUCCAGGUGGAAGUGGGCAAGUUUGUCUCUUGCUCCGAUCUUCUUCAUCUGGCGGUUUUACAUCCCAGGAAGUUAUCGGUCUACUCCGUGUCAGGCACUGCAGGGAACGUGGAGCACGGUGACCAGUAUGCGCUGAAGUUGGUUUACGAACACAACCUGCAGAGGACGGCCUGCAACAUGACCUACGGCGCCUUUGGAGGGGUCACAGGUCACCACUCCCUGUGUAUCCAGUCCAUGGACGGGAUGCUGAUGUUCUUCGAGCAGGACAGCUACUCCUUCGGCAGGUUCCUCCCAGGGUUCCUGCUGCCCGGCCCGCUGGUCUACAACCCCAGGACAGACAGCUUCCUUACCGUGUCCUCUGCACGCCAGUUGGAGAGCUACAAGUACGAGACUCUGGCUGUAGCUACGGAUGCAGAAAGUCGACAGGACCCUGACGGGCCCGUGAAGACCGGAGGCAAGAGGCUGACGCCUGAUUGGAUCUUCGUCCUGGGAGAAGUGGCCCUGGACCUCUCUGUGCCCCUGUUCUCUCACUCCUCUGCCUCCAUCUUUGUUCUGGGUGAGAGGAACCUCUACUGUUUCCGCGACAACGGCCAGAUCCGCUUCAUGAAGAAGCUGGAGUUCAACCCGAGCUGCUUCCUGCCGUACACCUCAGUGACGGAUGGCACCACCAACUUGUUACUAGGCAACCAUACCAACAUGCUGCUGGUCUACCAGGAUGUGACUCUGAAGUGGGCGUCCCAGCUCCCCUUCGUCCCUGUGGCCCUACGCAUCGGCAACUUCCCUGAGUUAAAGGGAGUCGUGAUCACUCUGAACUCCGAUGGUCACCUCCUGUGCUCCUACAUGGGAACAGACCCCUCCUUCUUCUCCACGCCAAAGGUGGACGCCAGGGAGGCGGACUACGAGCAGGUGGAGGCUGAGAUGAAGAAGCUGCAGAAGUACAUCAGAGAGGCCAGCAGGACUCAGGACAUUCUGCCUAAAUCUGACGCCGAGGAGGACCUGAUUAUUACUGCUGUGGUGUCAUCCAAUAUGGACAGCCCAUCGUUAGCUCUGAUCCAAGACCUGGAUGGUCUGCCCGUCCCUUCAGUAACCGUCCAGGUGAAGGUGAAGGCCAGCUGCGUCAUGCAGUCCUCAAAGCUGAGCGUCGGCGUUCAGCCUCCUCUGGCCGUCACUCAGGACCAGUUCGUCCUGCAGCCCAUGGGUCAGUCUGCUGCAGCUUUUUGAACCAGUUUGUGUUUGAAACGUGUAGUUUGA